AGCCAUGUUGGUUCAAGCCAUUUUGGCUUAAACGUUUCGGAUCGGAUUGGGCCCCAGUGGCAAGCGCAACCUUUCAGGUUCGCGCAUCGGCUGCGCGUUUUCUGACUUAGCGGUCCUUAUUGCCAUUGGUAGAAAAAAGCAAGCAAGCAGUGAGGAUGCUUGUAUUCCCAUACUUGUGUUUCUUUUGUUGCGUUGUGCUUCAACCUGCGUCUUCGUCAACCGAGGUGAACAUCACUUGCAACACGCAGUGGUGCCAUGAUAUGUCCAGAGACUGUUUGGCUGGAACAGAAACGCAGCCGUGCUCGUGCGAGAAGGGCGUUUCGCGCGUUAUUGACAAACUUUCGACCGGAGUUUCUCCACCACGUUACCACCUGUUCACAUGUUGCACGGAAGGCGAUCCAUACAGUACACGCAGUCCUGCCCGUUUCACGUUUGAUAGAGGUGUAUGCGGGAAUUACAGCAGCACGCAUAUGAUGCGUUCUUGCUUUCUGGUUGUAGUAUUAUUUGCUCUGGGGGCAACAUGCAUGGAAGGAGGUCGGCUUCGCCGUUGGUAUGUCGACAGGCCGACCAAGAGAGCAGCAGAGGAUGAGGACGUGGAGAAGCCGACGAACGUGCUAGAUGGGGCCCGGUUGCAUAACAGCAUCGCUCCGCACAAGUGGUGCGUCACACGGGCAGAUCUGGAGCAAUUCAGGAGAUUGGUGCGGCGGGCAGUUUUGGAUGGACGUGUGACGCCCACGGAAGCAGACCCGUUCGAUCCGAUCGAGAACGUCAUAGGACCAUGCGUUCACACCGUGAACGAUCAGUACAUCAGACCCGUCACUGCCCGCGCAGGGAACCCUAGCUGGGCUCUGAUGCUUCACCCAGAUGGCCUCGCGUGCGACCUCUUCAUUACUCACAGCUGGCAGGAAGGAAUGUAUGAGCUGAUCGAUAAGGUCCUGAACUCGUGGCCUGCUGGGAAAAAUAAUGCGUACAUAUGCUUCCUGUCCAAUCCUCAGAACCUUGAUAUUGGCCAUCUCGUGUCGAAGCCAAGCGAUUCUCCGUUUGCCCACGCGUUACGUUCGGCAACGGACAUGAUGGUCGUGUCCAACCGCAGGGGGAGUAUCUAUAGCAGGGUCUGGUGCACGUACGAGGCGUAUUUGGCGUACACAUUGGACAAGCAAAUCUUCUGCGCGGCAAGUCCAAUUCAUGAUUUCUGGCGUCGCGUCGUAUCCCAUUUGGGCGUGUGCUUAGUAGGGCUAAGCAUCGGCGCUGGGUGCUGGCUUUUCCUUGUCUUCUGCACCUUCGACCACUUUGCGACACGAUUCAGGGCCCUCCUCAUGGUGUUACUGGUUGGUGCCAAGCAAUUCUACACCAUCCAGCGCAAAAGGCCAUCGAGCACUGCUUGCCGCCGUUCUUGUUUCGUAGCAGUGUUGUCUGCUGGCAUCCUCAUUGGGUUCAUAUUGCAAGCGGACAUCAUGCAGCCAAUGUUCUGGGUUGCCACCCUGCUUGCCCUUUUGUUUGGCCUUUGUAUGGAAGCCGACCGUUUAUGGGCGGUGGUUGCCGCCCGAGAAAAGGUGAACCUGUGCUUGGGCUACACGGGCCACGUACGUGACGCACAGUGUUCUGUGCCUGAAGACGGCGAACUGAUUCGCGGCCAACUACAGGAGCAAUAUCAAGAGCUCGCUGUAGACCAAAGCGUGGAAUGCCUGAUUCGCACAGGUCUCUCCACUAGGCACUUGCGCGAAACGGCGCAGCGAGUCGGCAAGCUUGGUAAUGUUACCAAUUGGUAUUUGGCUUCGGUAGUCUCGCAGGCUGGUGGCAUUUGGGUGUGGCUUCCUGCUUAUUCUCUUUGGGACGACGUUUGCGUGUUCGAUCGCGGCAUCUCUGCCUACGUUUGCAUCUUUCAAGGAAUAUCUUGGUUAGUCUUGUUUGCCUUCGUGGUGGGCACAGAUCGCAAGGCAUUUGCAGCGAGGUCUCUUGACACCAUGCUCGUUGGCCUUGUGAUAUGGAAUGUCAGCAUUUGCAGCUUCCUGCUUACCACUUCUUUAAUCAUAGAGCCAUUUGUCUUGGCUCUGACUUUGGCAGGGCCUGCCAACGUCGCUCGAGUUCCUCUUGCAGGCCCCGCAGUGGUCUGCUUCUUCGUAGGCGAGUGGGGUAUUCGCAGUCUUUGCGCGCGCUGUGCCAGGCAUCAGCACCCUUCAUUUCGUAAGGCCUUUUCUAAGGAGCUCCAGUGUUCCCAGCAUGUGCUGCCAGAGAUAUUCAGUCAACUCUGCAACGAUCUGGACUCGCCCACAGCUAGCCGAGCUGGCACGCCUGGAGGCCGCGAAUGCGUCUCGCCCCAAAAUCGCAGGGCGUCCAGUUGCGAAGGCGGCCCGUCCACAGACCGCCAAGGCCGCUCCGGAACGCUUUCAGGCCACCCAGGCGAAUUGGCCGUUUGACCUUUCGAGGCUCAACCUGUUGGCCUCCAUGCCGGUGUCUCUGUACCUGCAUGAUCGUAUGUGCGGGCGAAUAGCUCAUUUAGAUUCCUAAGGCAGCGUGCAGACGCGGGUUGUCACCGCCAGCGGCAUUUUCCGUUCAAAAUGCAGGUGUGGAAACACAUGCGCGUCCCGUCAAAUUCGAUAGCUGCGCUCGUGUUUCCAUGCUUCUACUGGUAUCGCUACGGCCGUCGGUUGUGCAAUGGCGCCCGCGUUGGAGAUCGCGGUAUGCCCACAGGGCUGGGCACCUGAUUUGUUUGCGCAUGGUGCAUGGAGCCUAUUCCCAUUCAUGUCGUCCUGCUUCGAUCCGUACUCUUCCUCCCCGUCCUCUGCAAACCCCCCUGCGCAAGCACAUGGCGAAGUAGAGUUUUUUGUUCCCCUCUUCCCGCAACUUGUGAUGAGCCUCGUAUGGCACGAUCCCCAGCCCUGCAAGAUGCUGUAGGCCACUGCCGGCGGGGCGGGGUGGGGGGGGGUGUUAAGGGCGCCUGCCCCGCUUAACCCCCAAGAACGGGGUGGGGGAUUGCCGCGCGUGCGAGGAUGAAGACGGGAGCUGAGGUGGGCCCUGGCCACUCCGGCUCAAUCCCGAUUUCAUCGAAGAAAGGAAUACUCGCCAUGGGGCCUGAUUCGCCC